AGGGAGCAGAUCUAGUGGGCGUGAUUUUAGCAGCUGAACUGUUUGCAUUAAAACAACGAACGCUGAUUAUGCCGGCCAUGGCUUGUUUCUGGGGAAUGGGUGUAAUCAGCACUAGUCUUAUUGGUUUCUUGUUCAGAAAUUGGCGACAUGCUCAGAUCUUCAUAUCUGGCGUAUCUCUCCUCUCCAUUCCCCUCAUAUGGAUACUUCCGGAAUCCGCCCGAUGGCUAACUGUGAACAGGAAGUACAAGAAAGCUCUCCGUGUCCUCCAGCGAAUGGCUAAGUGCAACGGUCGCCCCAUUGAGGACGAGGUGGUUAAACAAUAUGAGGCUGCUAUCGCUAGAAAGACAACUGAGAAAGAAAAGGAUUUGGAAACGCAUGGCUCCAUGACAAUAAAGGAGAAAUUUUGCGGAGGAAGGAAGCAUAACAAAAUGAAGACUUUUACAGUUGUUGACAUAUUCCGC